CAAACAGAGUAAGAACUUCACAUGUGCCAUUAUUGUCCUUACCAAAAAGACUUACAAAAAGGAGGCUGAGGAAAAGUUUGUUAUUAAGGAAAGGUUUAAAAGGAAAUGUUACAAAGAGAAAAUAAGAUAAAGCUGACAUUGUAAAUGUUGAAGUUGAUGGUGAAGUUGACGGAAGUUAUCAUCAAAUGGAGACAGAUCAAUUUGAAUGCUUCUCCAGUGACUUAACAGAUGGCCUACAAUCGAAUUUAGAGCAUUGUAGAGAUGAAGAAGGAGAAAAGGUUAGACGGCUGUGGGCUCUACCACAGAACUUCAACAUUCCGGUUGCCAAGGUGUAUGAUGUUUGUGUGACUGACACUGAUAUCAGAUCCCUGAAAAACAGAGAAUGGUUGACUGACAAUGUUAUUGACACCUACCUUAAGAUCCUCACUGUUGAGCUGGAAGAGUCUGGUGGAGGGAAAUGUAUGUUCCUUGUCAGCUCAACUGUAGGGCAAAUAAUGAAUAAAACCUUUAGUAGCAGGACUUCCCACAAGUUAAGUGACUACAAACUUGUUGUUGGAGCCUACAUCAGAGCUUCACAUUGGACACUUGUGGUACUGGAUUUACAGAAGGAAAUUGUAUACUUCUACAACCCUGUAGAAGGAGCGGAAGAUAUUGAAAUGGCUUUUAUCAAAUCAUCUAUGUGCGGUUUCAUUGCAAAAUGCAAUCAGGAGAAUGAAGCAGACGUGGUUAGAAGAUGGCGUGUUGAUGUACUUCCCCAUUCUUCACAAACAGAUUCCUUCAACUGUGGUGUCUACUGUUUACUUUUUGCAGAAAAGCAUUUGCAUGGUGAAUUUGGUGACCUCACAAGGAUAACAUUUGAAACCCUUAAAGACAUGAGGUUGAAAAUUGGGAAAAAAAUGAUGCUGUUUGAAGUGUACAUCACAGAUUGCUGCCCGAAAUGUGGGAUGAAUUUUGAGGAGCAAGAUCAAAAGCUUCAGUGUGAUACCUGUGGUAAGUCAUAUCAUUUUAAGCCAUAUUGUGUUGAAGAAGAUAUAAACUCCCUUGGUGAUGGAGACACAUUUUCCUGCACACUAUGUAGAUAUAAUUACUGGAAAUGUCAUUCCAAAAAACAGUGUAUUGGUAACAAUUACACAUGGAUUGACAAAGACCAGGCUUUGAAUGAUCUGUGUGAAAGCAGUAGAGUUGAUGAAGAAGAAGUGAUGAUUGUUGAUCCAGCAGUAACAGCAGAAGAACCCAUAGAUAUCAUGAACGACAGAGAAAAGUACAUCCAAUUACACAAGAGGAAUUAAUGCAUGAUCUGCUCCAUUACAAGUUAUUUGUGACACUAUAUUGAUCUGAAUUCAUACGACUAGAGGUUGUUAAAGUCAGGUACCUAGGACUUUUAUUUUCCCUGCUGUAACAAUUGCUCUACAUUGUCUAAUGUGUUGAAAGAUUUAUUUCACGUGACCAUGCAGUUGAAAGAUGUUACACCAUAUGUUCUUCAUGAUUGUGCGUGAUCGUGCAAGUGUUUUGAUUGGAAAUAAGUUAUUGCAGAAUUAUAUUCCCUCAUUUCAAGUGCACCAUUUAACUACUGCAUGGACUGUCGUGACAAUUUGCAUGGGUGUUCCUUGGAUUAAAUUCAUAUUCAAAUAAAUGUUUAGAAUUGGAUAUGUUUGUAACUUUUCUGCAUGGCUGAUAUUAAUAUAAAGUUGUUUUUUUAUAUGUAUUGCAGUCAUUUCUGAUUAACAUUUAUUCUAUUGGGAAUUCCCAGUUAACAGCAUUUUCAUUGCCAAUAUAAUAUCUGAAACUUUUGUAUGGUUUGUAUAAUAAGGCAGGCCAGUUUGCAUAUGGGUUAUUUGUAAACAUAUAUUUGCAAAUGCCCUGCAGAAGUAAGAUUUGGAAGUUUACUUUAAACCGAUAUCCUA